AUGAAAAUCUUGAAAGAAAUUGUCAUUUUGGCUCUAAUUGCUAAUAUCGGCUGCAUGGGUGUUCCUCAAAAUCGGUAUGGCGAGAUGUCUGAUACAGAUAUAUCAGACCCUCAAACGAAUGAAAGUGUAAUAUUCACUAAUGAAAUUGUAAACGCGAUAGAGGAUUACUUGUCUCGAUUGGAAAAGGAAGACACAGCCGUUUAUAAAGUGCGCGAUUCCGUUUCAUUGCGUCAUAAUAGCUUUGCUGAUAAACUAGCGAAAUUGCAAGUGCUACUGGAGUUAAAUAGGAUUACACCAAUAUUCAAAUUUGCCCAUAACCAAAGUAGAAAAAAAAUGCAAAAAUCCUAA